UUGGCGUGUUUGCAAUUUUACAUGCAAGGCUCCAAUCUUUUUGUUAAAAGAUCACUGUAAAACAACCAAUCAGCGCUGACGAAACUUUGAUCCUUUCACGGUUUUGUCCUUGCUAAAAGGCCUUCUUAACUGUGCCACGUAGGACCUCUGAACAUAGACACGGUCACGAUCUUUUGCCGUUAACAUCUGUCGAUACUUUGCUCUUCUUGAACACAAUUCACCUGUCGUUGCACCAUGUCUUCGUUGAUCUACCUUGGCGUACUUCUGUUGCUGGGAUGUUCCCUCAUCACCACUGGACAUGCUCGUUUGAAUCCAGCGCUUCGUGGUAUUGUUCAAAUGAACCAGCAGUACAAGACUGCAUUAGAAUCCGAUGACAAGGCUUCAAUUCUUGCGAUGUACGUGCCAGACGUACUGGUUCUUCCAGAAGGGUAUCCAGGCUACGUAGGAAAAGAAAAAUUGGGGAACAACAUGAACUGGAUAUCUUAUGUAGGAACGGUGGAGUACGAUAUAAAGUAUUUGGAUUUUCUCAACGGGAAUAAUGUAAGGGUCCUCGAACUGAAAACAUCUACUGUGAAGGACAAGCAGGGAAACAUAAUGUUCAAGGGAAAGACCCUACUCUUUUGGGCGUGGAAUUCGAAAACUGGUGUUUGGCAGAUAAUGCUUGAGAUGUUCAACAGUGAUCAAAAGAACCAGUAACGUCAUCAAAAACAAAACAAAACAAAAAACGACUGAUAAACAUUUGUGGCCUAAAAUAAGAAUAUGACAAUAGAGAUGCGACUACCGACCGCAUUUUCCUCUUGGUUCCUAGGUGGAUUAGUACUUUUAUCGUGAACUAAUUUUCAUUCCUUCAUUAAGAUAUUAGAAUCUAAAUUAGUUAGUGAUUUAUGAACGCCAAAAGUAUUCCGCGAGAAAUACGUUACAGCAUUAUAAGACCAAAAAAAUCGAAAUUUGAAAUGUUGAGUCAUAGUGAAUGGUUUUAUGAAUAUCCCUUCAGUUAAAUUGGCUUUAGAUGUAUUCAGUUUUAAAUGCAAAAAUCUAGCUAAGAUUUCUGGACGUUCUAUAAAUGUUCGACUAGCCUUUUCGGGAAUUUGGGUAACUAAAACGAUUUGCAGUAUAAAAAGGUGAAUUUGCAUGAAAAUUACCGUGUACUGAUUAUACUUUUGUAACUGUUGUUAGUUGGUAUCGUGAUGGUGUGUACUGAAUGGGUGAUGGUUGGAGGGGUCAGUGCACCCGCCGUUCGCUGGACCACUCUUUGCACAAAACGGUCCUAUAUAGAUGAUGCCAAGCGUGAGGCAGUCUCUUUCAAAUGAUGUCUAAAACUGUUGAUUGGUGACUUCUUGUCGCUGACCCCUUGACCAGUCACAAUGUAGUUGUUGCCGCUGAAGAGCGCGUUAAGAACCACUGCCUGAUUUAUUUCACCUCACAGUCACGAGAUUGGGAGCUAACCUCUCUUUGUUAAAUUCAAAAAAAAGGGUUUUGGGGGAAAUUCAUAAGCCGUUUGGGUUUUGAAGAAAGACAGGGAAAGAAUAGGGCGACUUCGCAUCAUGAUUGACUCGUUCCAAACGACUGACUUGUAAAAAGAAGGUCGACCACCAAUAGAAAGCGUGUCUUUCUAACGCCAUUAAGAUAUCUAGGCUCAGUAUAGGCCUAUUCUAAAUUUCGUAUCACGCACAACAAGCAGUGUGACUACUACAUGUAACUAUCAGAUUGAUGUACUGCAACGCACUCCAGAGCAUUGAAGAAUUGGGAAGAAAAAUAGAAAACGUGCUCACCGAAUGAAAUGUCCAACCUUUUGAUGGGAAAUGCAUUCCAUCGGGGAGAUUGUGGCCAGCUCUGAUGUUCCGCAGGUGGAUAAACGCGGUGAAUUCUGGCAUAAUUGGUCGAUCCAUGACUACGAACAGUUUUACAUUUAAUUAACUUUCUUACACCAAGGUCAUAGAUAGUGAGUUUUGAUACAGGCAUUUCAUAAUGGCGCGCCC